CACAAAUAGUAGCAAACUUUUAUGGUCGAAGUUUAUGGAGUUUACUUCCGUGCAAAGUUUUCUAAUUAAACGCGAUGUUUCAUAUGUGAGAUCUACAUAGUUGCAAGACACCUCGGUUAGCAAUAAAUGCGAAGUAGCUGAAAUAAUGACAGUGUUUCUGCAGCGGCCGCCCUGACGAUAGGCUCUGCCACGGCAAGUUCAUGUAGAAAUACGGUCAUUAAUGACUUCAGAUUGCGAAUAUAGAUGAUUAUCGACCAGAACCCACACAACAUGGAAGGUGUUUUAGCAGUCAUACGCCCCAAGGCCAAUGUUGCCAGGGGCGACUACCGUCCACGUCUGUACGAUAUCCUCUUACUGGACAGCAAGACGCCUCCUGGGGACAAGGUCAAGGCCGCCAAAUACCUGCCGAUGGUCUCGAUGAAGCUAGGCGAGGAUGAGCCGAGAGAGAUGGUCCUGACCCACCUGUAUACGCUGACGGGAGGAGAUAUGGGGCUGGGGAUAAAAGGAGAGAGGGCAAUACUGGUCCCGCCACAUCAGUCCGACAGUUCCAGAGGCCCCCGGGAAUCCCUGUCUAGAUUUUCCUUGUUCUGUGUGCCUAUUUCACAGCUAGAGAAGCUCAGUAAGCGCUAUGUGGACCAGGCACAGAACGCUCCGGGCUUCUACUCCAUGGAGGCAGUCAUUGAGAUGCUCAGCAACGGCAGCGUCAACUUCCCCUCGCCAACAUUACCACUGCUGCAGCACCUUGGAAACUGGCUCCGAGAGAAGCACAUGCGGUCUGGUUCCGUGGAGGCGUUGUUCCGGUCUCGGGCGGAGUACAGGAUGCGUCUGACGGUACACAACCCCGUCUUCCUAUCCAGCAGGAUCUCCCCCGAGGACAGCGGAACUCAGAACUUGGGUGACCUCCCCGCGGAGAUACAACUCACAGCCAAUGAAGCCCGAGCCAAAAUGUUGUCCAUAGAGAAGUGUGAUAUUGUUGUUAUCAACCCCUUGUUUGGGUCCGGCCUACAGUAUAAGACAAAGGUGAACAGACUGAUAGAGAACAACUUCUGGCCCCAGAAGCCUGACUAUGGAAGAAUAGUGGUUCCAGACCCCAUACCAGAAGCCCUGAAGUGGAGGGAAAAGUACCCCGUCCACAGCUGUGCUGCCGAAGGUGACCUUGAUGGGGUCAAGACACUGCUGAGUCAAGGCCAGCUGCAUUCCAAGAAAGAUUCCAUAUCGUGGGCACCUAUACACUAUGCAGCAUGGUAUGGUUACUCUAAUGUGGUGACGGCCCUCCUAGAUGCUGGCUGCUCCCCAAACAUUGCCGACCGUGAGGACAGUACACCUCUCCACCUAGCAGCGCGGAAAGGUCACUCGCUUGUUGCAGAGACCUUGCUGGUGCACAGAGUUGAUGUGGCUGCACGUGACAAGAAUGGCAAGACAGCGCUGGACAUUUGCCAAUCGGGUCCGGACCACACCUGGAAACACGAGCAGGUGGCCAACUUCAUCAAACAGUCAGGCACACGGCCGAGUCCCACAAUCGCUGUCAACACAAUGGAUGCAAACAUCAUCAACCUCAGACUGACCUCUGGAUACCAUACAUCUGUCAGACAGCUCAAUGAACAGAUGCUAAAGGAGUUUGGGAUGCCGCCUGUUCCAUAUGCUCAGAUCUUCACAAUAUGGAUCUGCUCUAACAGUCUCGAGCUGCAGCUGAAACCGGAGCAUGAGCCGAUGAACCAGUUGCGAAUAUGGCAGACGCGCACUGUGGGGAUGUUGUCGGACGCUAACCCCGACCAUGAGGAGCCGGUCCUGAAGUGGAGAAGAAAUGCCAAAAUUGGUGUGGAGAUUGAAAAACAGCUGACACAUCAGAAGGCCAUCGACCUGCUCUUCCACGAGGCAUACUACAACUACAUCAACGCCCUCUACCCAUGCAAGGAGCAGGAUGCAGUUAUAUUUGCCGCCAUCUUGUUUCUUCUCUGGCAUGGCAACUUGGACUCCAGUUCAGCGAAGUCUUUCCUGUCAAACAGAGAGAAGCAGCAGGAACUCGUGCCUCAGCCUAUCCUGGUGCAGAGGGGAGCCACACACUGGGCCAACAAGAUCCUCAGAGAGUGCCGGGAGAUCAUUCAGGGCAAGGACAGGACUCCUCUGGCAUUGAAACGUCAGUUUUUAACACACUGUCACUACCUCACUGUCUACGGCUCUGCUUUCUUCACUGGGACUUUACCAAACCCCCAAGGCAUUAGGGGUUCGCCAACAAAAUGUCACAUAGGAGUGAACGAUGUCGGAAUACAUAUCAUCAGCAUGCAGAACAAGUCAAUGCUUCAGUCAUACAAGUACUCUGAGAUUGAGUGGCAGCAUGUCCAGGAGUAUUCUCUGCUGGAGAUUCACGUCACAAGGCCGGAAGGAAAGACUGGUCGAAUCUCACCCAAAACUGUCACCAAAAUCCGCUCCAAACAAGCUGGUCUCAUUAACUUUCUCAUGGUCAAACUGGCCCAGAUGCAUGACUGAAGGCCAAGAUGGUGGCUGUCAACAAUUUGUGAUAUAAUGGACAAGAAAUUUGGAAGAUCGAAGUGCUUAGUUUCUUUUAUCUUUCAGUGUGAGAGUAAUUUGGAAAGUCAGCAGUGAAGGUAACUGUACAGACUAACUGCUACAUUUAAAAGUAAUUUGUAAUUAUUUAUUCAAUGUCAACAAUAAGAUGAUAUUUUUGUAAAAAGCAAAUCAAAUUAUUUGAAAAGAGUUUUCAGACUGCCAUGCAAUCAACAGGAUUGAAAGAAUCUGGUCACAACUGUAACAUGGAAGUAUGACAAUGUAUAUGUCGAAACAUCCUCAAGUAACGACUGUCAGCAUCCUUGCUGCUGGGACAAGACCAGGGUCAAGCUGGGCACAAUAUCUUGCAUCCUAUAGCAGGAGUGGAUGCAAAUGGUUUGACUGCAAGCCCCACUGCUCAGUUAUGGCGUUAAAUUUAGCAUACAUCUUAAACUCUACUGUCCAAGUCCGAUUUUCUUCACUUAAUCAAAAGGUUUUGCUUCAAAGAAGAAAUGUCCCAUAUGAUUGUGAUAAUUUGUUGUAUUGGAAUGAGGAUUUGGCUCCCUUGGUUUCUUACUUUCCCUAUCAGUUAGAUUGAAUCAUUUUACAAGGCCAACAUUUUUAGAAGUCACAUAAUUUGCAGUGAGAGUUAUCCAUGGUCUUAUCCCAGGGCUGGGGGUGAAGUGAAUAGUAGACAUAUAUCCCUGUUUCGAGGAUGAUCCUUAAAAGUUAUCAGUGAUUUUGAUGACCAGUAUAAGAAUCAGAUUGUGAGCCCAAGUCAGAGAUGAAAUUGCCACAGUUCUCUCUGAUUGGUGUAAAACCUGACCAAUCAAAUCAAGAUGACCACAGCUUUGAAUGAUUCAGCUCCCAUAUGAACAGUGUGAUAUGGGAAAACUAAACAGUCAAGAUUCAAGUAUUUCUCCACAAACUACCAAAAAGGUAGACAAGCAUGAUGUACAUCGAGAAAAGGGGAAUAUUUGCAAUAUUGCUCAUCUGAAAGUAUAUAGUUCAGCGUUUGUGAUACAUAGAUGGUUGUGUGAUGUCAAUAUGACUCUGGAGGUCAAGACGACAUGUCAAGAUGACAUAUGUCAGGUCAUUAUGACCUACUUGCCACAUGUUAUGCUUAUGUCAAGAUACCCCCACCUCAGUGCUGAAGCUCAUGGCUUACUGUAUACCUCAUGGAAACACAAUGCCUCAGUGUCGACUGAUGUGGUACAUCUGGGCGUCCCCACCAUAACGCGGGGUCACUGACCUGCAUUGUGUAAUACACAACAUUUCUUAAGGACAAAAAUAGUCAUCUUUAGUCAAAGGUGUGGUCCUUAGCAAAUGUUGAGAAGUAUAUUAGAACAUUUACAACAUAUGGUAUAGAAAUAGACACAGUUUGUCCUUCUCGAUUGGUUAUUUUCAGAAUAUUUUCAAACCCUACUGGUACAAACAGAAAAUGAUGAGACCUCCAUUGUGACCUCAAUGAACAGGAUGUGUGGCCUGGUCAGAAUGUUGUAGGAUUACAGCUGCACUGUUGACUGUGUAAUCAUGAAUUUAGGUGCAACCUCUGCAUCUUGGACAUGUGCACUAAGCAGACUACCCUUUGGGAUCAUCCAUGACACCCACUGCGUCGCUGUGCACCUUCAACACAUCUGUGUAUACCAGUAGAUACAGUACAUUUAUCACCAUGCUCAGACUUCUGACCCGUGCAUCAAACAUUAUGCAAAUUUUAAGUGUCAGUUAUCAUCCUGACUCACCCCAAGUUAUAUGAUCGACCUUGACCUUGACCUUGUGUUCCAACCAAUACGAACAUAGAUCUGAUGGGCUGUACAUUGAUAUUAGCUUUUUCCGAUAGCUGAGCAUAAUGGUGCAAGGUAUUGGGUUUGGAUGUUUUUCAUGAAUGAAGGCUAUUUGAUUGUUA